AGAUUCCUAUGACCUACUUGCACGUAUGCAGUGGGCCAGUAGUGUUUGAUCUGUUCAGCAUGUCUGCCGCGCUGUGUGCCUGUCUAGUGCUCCUGUUGGCCGUCUCUACGACAAUCUUCAUCAACACCAGGACCAAAUCACCACAGGGAUCAUCUGUGAUUGACAGGUUGAAUUCUACUUAUGAUUACAUUAUAGUUGGUGGAGGGUCGGCCGGAUGUGUGCUGGCUAAACGGCUGUCAGACGGCAAUGACGUCACCGUGCUGCUCCUGGAGGCCGGGGAUAGCGACUGGGGAAACCCGCUGAUUAGCACGCCAGGCUACUCGACGGUCAACUUCAAGUCUGGGACUGACUGGGAGUACUACACGGAGACCCAGGAGGGGGCGAUGACAGGGUUAAAAAAUAAUCGCUCUUUCUGGCCGAGGGGUAAGGUGUUGGGCGGGUCUGGUAGCAUCAAUGCCAUGAUCUGGGUGCGUGGGCUCAAACCCGACUUUGACAGAUGGGCUCAGUACCUGGGCACUGAUGACUGGGACUACAGACACGUCUUGCCUUACUUCAAGAAAUCUGAGGACAUUAAAGUACCUGAACUAAGGGAUUCAGCUUUUCGGGGACGUGAUGGGCUGCUUACUAUAAAUACGAUCCAAUCACCGAAGCCCAUUGUCGAAACGUUAAUGAAAGCAGCUGCAGCGAUUGGCUACCCAUUUGGACAAGAUUACAAUGGCGAAACUAAAGAAGGUUUCUUCUACACACAGUUCAACUUAAACAACAACGAAAGAUGGUCAACCAGCAAAGCCUACGUCCACCCAAUUCUGGACAGACCCAACUUCCACCUGGCUUUGAGAUCCCACGUGACCAAAGUGCUGAUAGAGAAGAAGAGAGCUACAGGUGUGGAGGUCAUCAAGGACGGCAGAAAGUUCACCGUCCAGGCCAGACGUGAGGUCAUCUUGUCUGCUGGGACAGUCGGCUCUCCACAGAUUCUCAUGUUGUCUGGGGUCGGCCCUAGGAAACAUCUGGAAAGUUUGAAGAUCCCAGUUCACGCUGACCUCCCAGUGGGAGAGAACCUACAGGACCAUUUGUUCUUCGACGUUGGGGUCAAGGUCAGGGAGCCGUUAACUGUUUCCAUCGAGGAGAUGAGUAAUUCGUGGACCCAUCUGAAGUACAAGCUGUUUGGCACAGGUCCCCUGGCAUCGCCCUACCUGAUUGAGACCAUGGCCUUUAAAAGCACAACCACAGAGACCAAACGACUCAACUGGCCAGACCUGCAGAUCGGUUUCAUCAAUAUCUUACCUCCAAGCACUGACAAUACCUUCUCAUACACCAAUCAGGUGAAAACUGACCUGAGCGGAAGAGAUUCAGCCAAAUAUGGCUUUUUGUGUCUCCCAGCACUGAUACGACCGGAAAGUAAAGGGAAGAUAACUCUACGUACAAGUGACCCGUUUGAUUACCCGGCUAUUGCCCCUGAAUAUCUGAGUAAACAAGAUGAUGUCGAGCUGCUCAUCCGAGGUAUUCAGGAGUGUGAGAAGCUGGUCAACACGGAGCCCAUGAAAGCUGUGGGGGCUGAGCUGACCGAGGACAGACCAGCCGCCGCGUGUGGACAUCACAGGUUCAAAUCCCACGAGUACUGGGAGUGUGUGGUCAAGCAGAGGUCCUGUACGAUAUAUCACUUAGCGGGGACCUGCAAGAUGGGACCUAAAGGGGACCCCACAGCUGUUGUAGACGGGCAAUUAAGAGUCUAUGGCGUGUCCGGCCUCCGUGUGGUCGACGCCUCUAUCAUGCCAUGGGUUGUAUCAGCCAACACGAACGCUGCGACAAUCAUGAUUGCUGAGAAGGCGGCGGAUCUAAUCCUUAACAGAGCCACUUUACCUCCACAGAAUCAAUAACCAAAUUGCCGUGUUUUAAAAAUUGUAGGCAGCUAGGUUGAUUGUAGAUAAAGUUAGCCUAAAAGUGUAGAUGUGUGUGCUAUUUUCUUUGAGCGUCUAAAGCCAUUCCAUAAUCCAGUAACUUUAUUAAUGCGAAUGUGUCAUAAAUAUUUAGAAAAAAUAAUUUAAGCGUUUUGAAUUAUACAACUGUUUCUUAUAUAUAUAUAUAUAUAUAUAUAUAAAUAUAUAAAUAUAUAUAUUGUUAAUGUUGUCUUCCUUCAAAUGUCUAUGCCUGUUUUUAAUAGCUUUUAUUUAGUUUGCAACGUCUGUUUGUUUCUUUGUUGUUUUUUUGUGGGUUUGUGACAAAUCUUGUAACUACAAGUGUAUUUUUUAUUUAAUUAGAUGUUUAUUUAGCCAUUAAAAAUUAAUUACGGUACCGAAACUAAUGGGAGUUAACAAAAUUAAAUCACGUUGUAAGGGCGUUGUCAUAAGUUUUGCCUAGGGCAAUAAAUAAUCUGGCGCCGGCACUGUUUGUGUCUACUUUAUAAAUCAGAAAUCACUAAAAAAAUAGAAAAUAAAACAAAUAUAAAAAAACCUUAAUAGCAACAAGCUUUUAAAUGCAAUAAAAUAAGUAAAUAAAGCGAAUUUGCUUUUUUAAAAAUAAAAUCUUUGUUCUUUCAUGAGAUGUUUCUCAUAUUUUACCGACAAAAAACUUAAGAAAGCAAAUUCGCUUUAUAUUCUUAUUUUAUGCGCAUUUGAAAUUAUGUUGCUAUUAAGGUUGUUUUUAUUUUUAAUUUUUUUUUUGAAACACCAGAUAUAUUUUUCUACCAGAACAAAUGCGUAUAUAUUAUAGAAAAUAUAAAUAUGGAAAAAUAAUAAAUGUUCUUUAGAAUAAA